GCUGGCAGCGCUCAGUCCACCGAAGGAGCUGCACGCAUCACGUUGCAGGCCACCCUGACCGAAGCGCAGGGGCACGGGCGGACGGACGCACGCACGGACCGACGGAGUGAGCAGACCGAAGCCCAGCGGCCACUAGCUCCGCGCAGGUUCCAGCAAGGCUUGCACCCAAAGGCCGGCGGCGACCGUGCCCCACGGAAUCUCCUGCGCUCCUCCCGCCCCAGUUCCUGUGCCAGCGCCCCGGGGCCGCUGCCUCCAAAGUGAUUGUUGCCUCGUAGCCGCCGCUGGGUCCGGGAACAUGAAGCUGCUGCCGUCGGUGGUGCUGAAGCUCUUCCUAGCUGCAGUGCUCUCGGCGUUGGUGACCGGAGAGAGCCUGGAGCGGCUUCGGAGAGGGCUGGCGGGUGGAACCAGCAACCUGGGAUCUCCCACUGAAUCUACGGACCAGCUGCUGCCCCCCGGAGGCGACAGAGGCCGGGAAGUCCUGGACUUAGAAGAGGCCGACCUGGAUCUUUUCAGAGCUCCUUUCUCCUCAAAGCCACAAGCUCUGGCCACACCCAGCAAGGAAGAGCGUGGGAAAAGAAAGAAGAAAGGCAAGGGGUUGGGAAAGAAGAGAGACCCAUGUCUUAGGAAAUACAAGGACUUCUGCAUCCAUGGAGAAUGCAAAUAUGUGAAGGAGCUCAGGGCUCCAUCCUGCAUUUGCCACGUGGGUUACCACGGAGAGAGGUGCCAUGGGCUGAGUCUCCCGGUGGAAAAUCGCUUAUCUACUUAUGACCACACAACCAUCCUGGCUGUGGUGGCCGUGGUGCUGUCGUCUGUCUGUCUGCUCGUCAUUGUGGGGCUUCUCAUGUUUAGGAAUCAGCUGGGGACUGCUACCUCUGAGAAGACACACGCGGAUCACAGACUCUGCAGAGGGGAAGGACUUCACAACCAGCCAUGAAGACUCCCCUCAUCCCCAGUUGCCAUCCCCUAGAUUGGGCCUCCCAGUAUUGCUUUAUCAGAGCCUUCAAGUGCCAAACAGAAUAUGUCCAAUGGGAUCUGGGUCAGAAGGAAGCAAAAGUGAGGGACCUUCAUGCUCUUCUGAUUCCCCUCCACCAAACCCCACUUAACCCUAUAAAGUUUGUUUAAACACUUGUCUUCUGGAUUAAGAUGCCAGUUAAUUCCAUAUGCUCCAGGAUCUUUGACUGAAAAAAAAAAAGAGAGAGAGAGGAAGAAGGAAAGAUUUGUGGACUGGAAGAAAGUAACAAAGAUUGAAAAGCCACGGACUCAAGUAGUCACCAAGGGAUCUGCCAUUUGGACCCUACAGCGCUGGAUUUGAUGAGCUAACUGUGAAAUACCACAAGCCUGAGAACUCUGAAUUUUGGGACUUCUACCCAAAUGGAAAAAUAACAACUAUUUUUUGUUUGUUUGUUUGUAAAAUGCCUCUUAAAUUAUAUAUUUAUUUUAUUCUAUGUAUGUUAAUUUAUUUAGUUUUUAACAAUCUAACAAUAAUAUUUCAAGUGCCUAGACUGUUACAUUGGCAAUUUCCUGGCCCGCUACCCCGCAUUCCCGUACCACUUGGCUUAGCAUCACUCUCUGCUGCCACCAAUCUGAGAUGGCUCUAUGACCCAUCUGUAAUUCAUUGUCUGUCCACAUUUCCACAGAUCUUCCACGAUCAGAGUGCCACAGGGGGCGGUCUGUAUGGUCAGGAUGUAGGAGUUAACUUUGUCAGAUCCACUCUAUGAGUUGGACUGCAGUCUUGCCUAGGCGAUUUUGUCUACCGUUUGUGUUUUGAAAGCCCAAGGUGCUGAUGUCAAAGUGUAACAGAUAUCGGUGUUUCCCCGUGUCCUCUCCCUGCCAAAUCUCAGAAGAGGUUGGGCUUCCAUGCUUGCAGCUUUCCUGACCCCCUACCCUCUAUAGCCUCAGGCCCACAGAGUGGGAUCUCACUCUCCCUUGUGUCAAGACAUUUCUCUUACUCCUGCCAUUCUUCUGGUGCUACUCCAAGCAGGGGUCAGUGCAGCAGAUGAUAAUCGAGAGAGGUAUCAGUGGGAAAAAAGGCUGAGGAGGAACAGGAAACAUUGGAGCUGACUGCUCUUGGUAAUUGAUAACCUAUCAAUUGCAACAGAGAAGAUUGGAGGUGAGGAUGGCUUUUGUGUGAACCCACCCGCCUCACCAAAACUACAAACGUAUGCUGUCAUGGUCCCUUCUGGAAGUUUCUGGUGCCAUUUCUGAACUGUUACAACUAUAUUUCCAAAACUGGUUCAUAUUUGUACUUUGCAAUUCAAAUAAAGAUAACCCUUAUUCCAUA